AGUUCCGAUUAGUUACAAAGUGUUUAGGAAUAUUGCAAAAAGCAUAACGUCGACAAGCAGUGAUACCUUGUUUUGUUUUGUGCCAGCUGAUGAAGGAAACAUGGCGGGUUUCUCAAACUACUUUGUGGUAGAAUUUAUAGGGGCAGUAUUUGCCCUCAUUUGUGCUGCUUACAUAUAUCUGAAAUAUGUGGCCUACAAGUACUGGAGUUGGAAGAACAUCGAUUUUGCCAAACCCGUUGUUCCCUUGGGAAACUUAUGGCCGGUGGUUUCAGUCAGCACUUCAAUUGGUGAACUGUUUCGAGACAUAUACUUGGAAUUUAGGAAAAGUCGGGUCGUUGGAGUUUACAUGUUUCACAAGCCUGCACUCGUGGUCAAUGAUCCUGAUGUCAUACGUUUCAUCCUGACAAAACAGUUCGCAAAUUUCCACGACCGUGGCGUGUAUUGCAAUGAGAAGGUAGAUCCGCUAUCUGGUCAUCUUUUCUCUAUCCCCGGUGCUAAGUGGAAGUUCCUGAGGACCAAGUUCUCUCCAACUUUCACUUCCAGCAAGAUGAAGCAGAUGUUUUUCACGGUUCAGGAAUGCUCCGAAAAAAUGGUGGAAUUCGUCAGUCCUCUAGCUAAGAACCGUGAACUGAUCGAGGUGAAGGACCUCGUGGCAAGAUUCUCCACUGAUGUAAUCGCGUCAGUGGCUUUUGGAGUCCAGUGCAACAGCAUCGAAAAUCCGAAUGCAGAGUUUCGAAGCUAUGGGCGAAAGGUUUUCAGGCCAAAACCAUGGAUAAACAUUGUCGGACUUCUGGCUCCAUCCUUGCUUAACGUGUUCAGCAUUAGCAGUGUCGAUGCCGAUGUGGAAAAGUUCUUCCUCAGUGCCUUUAUGGAGACAGUGGAGUACAGAACAGCUAACAAAGUUGCUCGGAAAGACUUCCUAGACUUGAUCAUUCAGUUGAUGAAUAAGGGUUACAUAGAAAAUGACGAUAAGAAAUUGUCUCAACUAUCAGAGUUUGAUAGUCAGAAAAUCACUGCACUUGAAGGAGCCGCGCAGGCUUUCGUAUUCUGGUUAGCUGGCUUCGAGACGUCAUCUUCAACCGUCACCAACUGCCUGUACGAGUUGGCGCUACAUCAGGAUAUCCAGGACAAAGUGGCUGAAGAAGCGAACCGAGUACUUGGAGAAUCCGGGGGAAUGUCUUACAACGGAGUAAAGGAGAUGCGCUAUCUUUACAAAGUCGUAUCAGAAACUUUGAGGAAGUAUCCAGCCGUCCCGAUUCUGAACCGAGAAUGCACAGCGGAGAUCGAUCUGCCCGAAACUGGACUCCACGUUGAGAAAGGCACUGCGAUAAUCGUUCCCGUUUACGGACUCCACAACGAUCCCGAAAUAUAUCCAGACCCGGAAAAAUUCGACCCUGAACGUUUCACCGAGGAAAACAUCGCCGGCAGACAUCCGUACGCUUAUCUGCCAUUCGGCGAAGGGCCGAGGAAUUGCAUCGGCAUGAGGUUUGGAUUAGUGCAAACGCAGGUUGCCCUCGCUAGUUUGCUUUCGAAAUACCGUUUCAUGCCAGGACCAGACUUCAAAGUUCCGAUGGUAUUGGACAGAGGCAAUGUGGGAGUUUCACCGGCAGGUGGAAUGACACUACGCAUCGAACUGCGAUGAUGUUAUCUCACAGUCUACUAUUGCCGAUGAUAAAACAAAAUUUAAAGAUAAAUGAUCAAGGGCUGAAUAUCGUCAAUGUUAUCGCUAGGAAUUACUAAUUAUUAUUAACUUUAUAUAACAAGAGCAUGUUUCACGCGGUUUUUCAUGCGUUUUUUCCGUACACAAGGUACCUGUUUUUAUGACAGUAGAGUGAGUUUGACUUGACCUGAUAGUUUUUGCAGAAGAAACCACUUUUAACUCUCAGCAUGCGCGGAGUACAGAAAAGAUCAUUUUUCACCCUUCAAUCAGAUAUUUUUUAAGUUAUUAUUUUGUCCUGAAUUUUGUAACUCUGGGGUUUUUGGGGUCGCUAAUCACGAAUCUGAAGUCAGAAUUUGUUGACCUGCGUCGUGUUUUUUGGAUAAAUCUUAGAUCUUCAAAAAAAGAUCGAAUUUGUCAUCUAAAUACUGCUUUUUUGAGUCAUGUAUGAGAAUGUCGGUGGAAUAAAUAACUACAGCUAA